UGCAGCUACAACAGUCUUGGCCAACAAUAAAAGCAUUCAUUACUUUAGUGAGCUCCCAACCAACACCAGCACGUUAGUCAACAACAUUAUCUCCCGAAAAGAUAGAAAAAGAAAAAGAGAAUGAAUAUGUAAGGAAAGAAAAAGAAUUAAAAUGAUUAAAAAAAAAUAAAGCAAAAAAGAACGCACAGCAGCAGCAUCCUGCAGUCUUUGCUUUGCUCUGCUUUCCAUGUAAGCUGCUUUGGCCUCCCAACCCAUCUUGUCUCUUCAAUCAAAUUUAUAUUGCACAGACUCUGUUAUUGCACUUGCUGUUCUUGCCUUCAAAACUCUGCAGAAUCUGAAAAAUUCAGUGUCUUAGAUUUUGCUCAUGUGCUCUUGAACCUUGAUCAUUGUUGGGAAGAAAAAAUCCCCAAGCCAUCCAAUCCAAAUACCAAUCUUCAGGUAAACUUUUGUUUCUAUUUAGUCUUUGUGUUAAUGUCUAGGGCAAAUUGUAUUGAAUGAUUUGCCCUACUGUCUGAAAUUACAAUUCUCUCUGAAAAAAGUGAACCAGAGGGAAGAAAGAAAAAUAUGAUAUUGAGAAUAUCAGCAAAAUAGAAAUUUUCUGUGGGUGGUUUUGGAAUUUAGAUUAGUGAUGGGGUCUCUAGGAGGCAGCCCAAAAACUUGGAUACCAUAUAUGAACACCAAAGAUUGUUCUCAAGGGUUUUGCAGUCUGUAUUGUCCACAAUGGUGUUACAGGAUAAUACCACCUCCACCUGUCUUUGAGUUUCCUGAGGACAAUUCAUCUUCCCCAAGUUUCUCUCCUCUUGUUAUUGCAAUUAUUGGCAUUUUGGUGAGUGCUUUUCUUCUUGUUAGCUACUACACUAUAAUAUCCAAGUACUGCGGCAAUGCGGACCGGAGGAGAGCAAGAAGAGAAGAUCAGGAGCAGAAUGAGGAGAUGGAGGACCCUCACAAUCCCUCCAUCCAUGAACCCUGGCAUGUCGUGACGGCCGGCUUAGACGAGGCUCUGAUCAAGUCAUUAACAGUUUGUAAGUACAAGAAAGGAGAUGGAUUUGUUGAAGGAACAGAUUGCUCAGUUUGUCUGAGUGAGUUUGAAGAAGAUGAGAGGCUUAGGCUGUUGCCUAAGUGCAACCAUGCUUUCCAUCUCCCAUGCAUUGAUACAUGGCUUAAAUCUCACUCAAAUUGCCCAUUGUGUCGUGCCAACAUAGUUCCUCAUCAGUUGCCUCACCCUGCCGUGACUGAAACUCCAUCAUCAACCAAUCAUGAUGCAUCAUCCAUGGCUGAAAGCCAACCAGCAAAUGAUCAAAAUGUUGUCACGGCACAAAAUUCCGAAACUUCUCAAAAUGUGGAAUCAAUGCAAGGAGAUCAUGAAGGGUAUCAUCAAGCAAUUAGAAGGUCGGUUUCAAUGGACGAUUGGCGUCAGAAUAAUCGAGUUUUAGUAGCUGAUAUUCUGAGCAGGAAUGAUGAAGAGGACGAGGAGGACGAGGAGGACGAUAUGAACUCAGAGUCAGAUGAUAUUGCUGAAGGAGUUGGCAAAUCUAGCAAUAGAAAAGGGGUGCUCCUGCAUUGUGUUAUGAGUCCUGUUGCAAUGAAGAGAUCAUUUUCAAGUGGAAGAUUCUUUCCCACUAGGCCUUCAAGAGCACGGAAUACAGUACUUCCAGUCUAGAAAACUUUUUGUAUUUUGUUUUCUUUUGGGGAAUGUGGAUUAAGCUGGCAAAUCAAACAGUUUGGUCCGGAUUAAUUAGCUAUUACAAUUAUUUGUUCAUGAUCCAUUAAUGAGUGAUUUGUAAUUCUCUACCAA